AUGCCCACACCACCCCUUCCAGUCCUCCACGCCUUGCUUACAGCGCUGGGCAUACCCGUCCUCCCUCCAGCCCUCAACUGUAUCCCACCGACACUUCUCCUCCUCAUCCUCGAAACCCUCUUAGGCCACCGACUGGCCCUCUCUCCACACCUCCGCAACCCCGCCACUCACGACGAUGAGCUUGAGCUCACCAAGUGCGUGCUGGGGGUGCUCGCCGACGACGUGUUGGCGUUGGACCUGGCUGUUGUUGACCCGGGCCGCGUAUGCGACGGCUCCGAGGUAGACAUUGCUGUUGUCGUCAUGGCGCUGGCGGUAGUCGCGCGCCGUCGUGGUGUGCCUCUGCGUCUACCCACUCCCAUCGAUUCCGAUGACGAGGGUGAGGUGGAGAAAAGCAUGCUCGAUGACGACGAAGCCGCCGGCCUGCACCUCCCACCCCUUACGCCGCUCAUGCCCGCUGUCCUUGACAAGUACGUCACGCCGCCCUCGGGGAACACGGCACUGCCUGCUAUCGACCUUGUCGCCGCCCACGAGCACCGUCCAGACUCACAUCUGGGACAGACGCCAUCGGCAUCUGCGGUGGCAUAUGCGUGUGAUGGCAGCCGCAAUUGGCCGGCUGUGGACGGUGCCCCGCCCCCACACUCGUCUCCUCCCGGCCCCAACGGUUCGGGCACAUCCUUGGGCUUGUUGACUGCAGACGAGUAUGCGACUCUUGAUCCUCUCUCGCCUCCCAUUCCCUCUCUUCCAUCAACCCCAGUCAACCAAACUGCCCAAGCACCUUUGCCGCAGACUCCGUCCAGCGGGCGCCGCAGGACUGUGCUCCAGCAGCUGAUCGACGAGUUUGGCCUAGAACCAGUCUAG